UCCUAUGUUGUUUGUGUUCCUUCUUUGUUGUGAUUUUGGAAACGUCUAUACACAGCCGGUGGGUCCGACAGGGCCGGUUUUUGGGCCGCGAGAUGCAGACCGAGCAGCAGCUGCGGUUUCGGGGCAAGACCAAGACCCCGCUAGAAAGGGUCACUGAACUCGACGCCUUCCCCAAACUCAAAGAAUCCUCAAUCAAACCGAGCGCCGUCGGCGGCUUUAUGACCGUCGUGAGUUUGCUCCUCAUCGUCUGGCUCUUCAAGUCGGAGUUUGCAUAUUUCUGGGAUUCAAAACUACAUUUCAAAUUGCGACCUGACGAUCUCAUGGACGAAAAGCUUCCAGUCAACAUUGAUAUUACCAUAGCGAUGCCUUGUAGAACAAUCGGAGCAGACGUCGUGGACUCUACAGGUCAGGGCGUGACCUCGUUCGGAGAGCUCGAGUACGAGGACACGUGGUUCGAGCUGGACAGCGCCCAGCGCGACUUUUUCUCCUCGCUGAAGUACGUGAACGAGUACUUGAGGGAAGAGGCGCAUGCACUGCAGCAGGUGCUGUGGAAGGCCUCCCUGAGUCGCACCUACGACAUGCCCGAGCGGACGACGCAGGUCGGCAAACCGCACGACGCGUGUCGCAUCAGCGGCACCCUCGAGCUGACCAAGGUGGCCGGAAACCUGCACGUGGCCGCAGGUCAGACGCUGCCGCUGCCUGGCGGCCACGCGCACUUCGCCGGCAUGCGCCACAACCUCAACUUCUCGCACAGAAUCACAAGACUGUCCUUUGGCCCACCCGACCACGGGGUCGUCCACCCCCUUGAGGGCGACGAGAAAAUCGCUGAUCAGGAGGACAUGCAGUACCAAUAUUUCAUCACUGUAGUGCCAACGGAAGUGCACGUUCGGGGCAGCAACGUCCGGACGUACCAAUACUCAGUCAGAGAGGCGGACAGACCAAUUUCGCACGCCAAAGGCUCGCAUGGCGUUCCCGGGGUCUAUUUCAAGUACGACAGCAGCUCUCUCCGAGUCACAAUCACUGAGGAGAGGGACUCGUGGUUUACCCUGUUGACCAAGUUGUGUGCCGUAGUCGGAGGAGUUUUUGCUACCUCAGCUGUGAUAAGUCAAAAAAUCCAGGCCUUCCUGGGGCUGUUCUCGGGCAAGCCAGAAUACCAGAAGAUGACCAAAUCCUGAAAGUUUUUUUUUUAGACGUGUUAUAAUAUCUGAAUAAAACGAAUAUUUUCCUCACAA